CCGCGUGUGAAUGGAAACCGACAGUCGGAGACUGAGGAGAGGCAGAGGUGAGCGGGUGGAGCAGCCGGUCCGUCAUCACUGGGGCAUCAUCAUCAUAGCGGAGAGCAUCUGCAGUAGCAUCUUCACUAUCACAUACAGGUGAUAUUAUUCAGCUCUGACGUUUACAGAUCUGCGGUAAAAGACCCACCCUAGUUGGCUUCAUUGUGAAAUGCCCCAUAAUCUCUCUCCAGAAAGCUCCUUCCAUUCCAAGCAAGAGCUGCUUUGUUUUUCUGAAGCUUCACGAACAGUCAGCGACUAUGAUCUGGGCACCCCUGACAGCAGUGACCAAAUUGAUGCCUUGCUGUCAAAGACACCCACAGACUCUUAUAUUGACCCGUUCUACAAGGAGACAUCUACCAAAAAAACAUUGUAUGAUGAUAACCCCUGUGAGAUUAACUUUAUUCCAUCGGAAAAUGAAAACCUGUGUGGUUGGGGAACCCUCAAACCAUCCUUUUUACAGGUUUUUAACACAUCCAAAGGUGUGCUCUUCUUCCUGUGCAUGGCCUCCUUUCUCCAGGGCAUGAUGGUCAAUGGUUUCAUCAAUACGGUCAUCACCUCCAUAGAGCGGAGGUUUGAACUGCACAGCUACCAUUCCGGACUGAUUGCAAGCUCCUAUGACAUUGCAGCUUGCCUGUGUUUGACAUUUGUCAGCUACUUUGGAGGGAAUGGCCACAAACCUCAGUGGUUGGGCUGGGGAGUAUUAAUUAUGGGGGUUGGUUCCUUGGUGUUUGCUCUCCCACAGUUCACCACUAGUGUGUAUGUUGUGGACCUUUCAGAGGACACUGGAGUAUGUUACUCUAAUCACUCUUCCCAGGUUUCAGAAAGUGCCUCAAGUCUGGCCAAUUACAGAUACGUCUUCAUGUUGGGACAGUUUCUUCACGGGGUUGGUGCCACACCUCUUUACACACUGGGGGUCACUUACCUAGAUGAGAAUGUUAAAUCCAGCUACUCUCCUGUGUAUAUUGGUAUAUUUUAUACAGCAGCCAUAGUUGGACCAGCAGUGGGUUAUCUGAUGGGAGGAUUCUUCCUAAAUAUGUACACUGAGCUCAACAGUCUCACUGAUCUGACACCUGAGAAUCCUCUGUGGGUAGGAGCCUGGUGGAUUGGCUUCCUGGGUGCUGGUGCAGCUGCAAUCCUCAUCUCCUUCCCGAUACUGGGAUAUCCACAGCAGCUGCCAGGUUCUCAGCGCUAUGUGGUCAUGAGAGUGUCCGAGGCGCAUCAGGUUAAAAACGAGGUUCACAAACCGGACCCAGAUUUUGGGAAGACGAUUAAAGAUCUGCCAAAGUCAGUGUUGAUGCUUCUAAAGAACCCAACGUUUAUUUUCCUGUGCUUCGCUGGAGCAACAGAAGCCACUCUCAUCACAGGAGUGUCAACAUUUGGGCCAAAGUUUCUAGAAUCGCAGUUUAGUUUGAGUGCGUCGGAAGCUGCUACAUUUUUUGGGUAUCUGGUGGUCCCUGCUGGGGGAGGAGGAACCUUCCUUGGGGGGUUUAUAGUCAAUAAACUCAAACUUCACUGCUCAGGAGUAAUCCGAUUCUGUGUCUUAUGUACUCUUCUAAGUCUGAUGUCAAUCUUCAUAUUCCUUAUCAGCUGCCCAAACAUGCCUAUAGCAGGAGUGACUGUACCCUACACUGGCAGUGUCCAUGGAGGGAACAGCCUCAACCUCUCUGCUGCAUGUAAUGCCAACUGCAGCUGUGCGCAGGAUCACUACAGUCCUGUCUGUGGAGCGGAUGGAAUCAUGUACUACUCUGCCUGCUAUGCCGGGUGCUCAGGAGCAUACGUGGAGCUCAACAAUGGUAGCAAGGUUUACAAAAACUGCAGCUGCAUUGUGUCAAAUAAUUCCAUGUCGGACGCACAGGCCAUAUUGGGAAAAUGUUCGUCUUCCUGUCAAAAGAUGUCUCUGUUUUUAGUAUUCACCUUCACUGUCAUAUUGUUUACAUUCCUGUGCAGUAUUCCUGCAUUGACUGCAACACUAAGGUGUGUCUCAGAUAGUCAGCGUUCCUUUGCACUCGGGAUCCAGUGGAUAUUAGUGCGGACAUUAGGUGGAAUCCCUGGACCUAUUGCCUUUGGCUCCAUGAUUGACAUUUCGUGCCUGCUCUGGCAAAACCAAAGUGGAGAGAGGGGGUCUUGCUACAUGUACCAAAAUUCAGCUAUGAGUAACUAUAUGCUCAUUGCGGGUCUUGUCUACAAGUUACUAGGGUUGGUCUUCUUCUUACUCGCUCUGCUCCUUUAUAAACCUCCCCCUGUUUCCCCGGCAAGUAGCGUGGACAAAGCAGCCAAUGGGCAUUCAGCGAAGGGCUCUCAAGGAGAAACUUUGGUGAAUUCAUCAGGCAAUCCUUCCUGAGUAUCCCCUACUCUCAUAUCCUCUACACACUCCCUCAGUUGCCUUCAUGCUUCAUAUGGCAUCUCAUUGGUUAUCAUGACAGUGUCUUCAUAGCUGACAUUUUUCUACCAGUCGCAUGAAAGGGCUACUGUGAGCACUGCGACAUCAUCGAAAUGGGACAAUACAUGUGUUAUAUAGACACUGUUCAACAUUCUACCAUUUCUGAGCACUUAGAACACAUUGUCAGUGCAAUAUUAGAUGUAAAAGCACUAAAAACAUUGUUUAUGUUAAUAUUUUAAUAUAUUUUACUAAAAUGUUAUUAAAAUGUGCAGUUGCUUAUGAUUAAAGGGUUUUUCCACUUUUAUGCAACUUGAGCUUAAAGGGGAUUUCUAGGUCUUGACUCAUGGCCCAUCCUCAGGAUAGAGGGGAUUUGACACCUGGAACCCCUGCCGAUCAGCUGUUUCAUGGAACAGGAAGCAGAUGCUCCCUAUAGGCUGUGCUCUGUUACUACAGCUCAGCUCCUACUCACUUCAAUACACUGUAUGGCACUGUCUGCUUCCAGCUCUAUUUACUGUGUAUGCAGAGGCCAUGGCUAUGGAAAAUAGCUAAUCAGCAAGGGUGGCCGUGUAGCUGACCCCCACGAACAAAUGUUGGCCUAUUCUGAGAAUAUGCCAUCAGUGAAAAGUCCCAGAAAACCUCUUUUAUCAGUGUAUAACACAAUGUUUAACAACUUUGUGUUUUAUUUUAUGAUUCAAUUCAUUUUCAAGAUUCCAGACUGUCAGGGCAUGAUGAGAGUUGUUGUUUUGUAACGGCUGGAGUGCCAUACAUGGGGGGACAAAGCAAACAGAGAUAUUGACAAUGGUCAGUAAUAGAAAAUAUAUUAGAAAGUUUUAGACCAUUUAUUAUACAAGUAUUAAGGUUUAGUUACAUAAUAGUGGAAAACUCUUAAUAUAUUGUCAUAAUAUACUUGCUAGGACUCAUUGGCUGCUGCUUAUCCUCCCAUUGGUGUAACAGUUUGGUUGGGAUUGUGUCUACACCCCUCAAGCCUCUGCCUGGGGGGCAUAGUUUGUGAGCCACCUUUUCCCUGAUGGGAAUACCUUCUGCCAAGGUUAUGUUCUUUCAUUGAAUUUGGUGCCAAAGCUUGUAUGGCUACAGGCUCCAACAGAAAAUCUGACCCAGUGUUGUACAUGAGAUAUUACUUUUUGGAAUGGUUAUCUUUACAUAACAUAAUGUUGCGACCAGGUCUCUGAAGUACAGCUCAUAAUCCAGCCAUGUUGCUUGGAUCUCUGGUUAUCGUCAACUGCAGCAUUUCACAGUAUGUAUUAAAGUCAAUAGACCAUGAAUGCCAGGUACUCCAGAGGAAGAGUCAGUCUGGUUAAUACUGAAGGUCUCAAAUGGGGGACCCUGCAUUGUUACGUACUUGUAGAGUGAGGACACCUUUUUGCUGUAAUCAGGUCUCUGGAGGACAGCUGAUAUGGGCCCAUGCUGCUGGGAUCUCCCAUUAUCAGCAACUGACUUUUUAGCAGCAUUAUAUUCCAUUGAAGUCAAUGGACUAUAUCCAGUUCCCGCUAAAUUGAUGACCAUUACCGCCCACUCCCCCAAGGUGUGUGUUCCACUUCCACAAUGUGCUCCCGCAAACAUUUGUCACAGCUUUUAGAAAUAGCCCCACUCUGUCAUUUCAUCACCCUCUUGUGCCAUUUUAUCAACACCCUGUGCCAUUUCAGAGGUUUGCAGUAUUUUGUGGGACCAGCUCUAUGUUCAGUGAUGACCCGCUUCUGCCAGGUCAAGGCUAAAAACUGCCUACUCUGCCAAGUUAUAUAUCGGGUCCCACAGGAUCCCAAUCCUAUUGCAGUCCUCUAGCUAGGUCUUCUGGGGGUGGAUAUGUCUUUCUGGUUAACACAGAGGCCUCUAAUGGUACUUUUGAUUGAGGAUAUCUUUUUUUAUAUGAGCAAAUCCCUGUAGUACAGCUGAUAAUGUGGACCCAGGCUGAUGGGAUCUCCAAUAAUCAGCAACUGAUCAUUUCCCAGCAUUACACAGUUACACAGUGCCCAAUUAAAUCAAUUAACCAUCUGUUCUAAUGCACGGGCAUGGCAGGCCCUCUAAAGGGGGAGUCAGCCUGGUUAAUAAGGGUCUUGCAUUGCUACCUAGUAGUAAAGUAAGGCUACCCCCUUUUAUGUGAGCAGAUCCCUGUUGUACAGCUCCGGUAACCAGCAACCUGCUGAGAUCUCUGGUAACCAGCAAUUAGGUAACAGUGCUGAUCCCUGUAGUACAGUGGAUAGCAUGGGCCCAUGCUGCUGAGAUCUCCGGUAACCAGCAACUGAUCAUUACACAGGAUCCAAAAAAUCAGCGUGCCAGGUCUUUCAGAGGGGGAACAGUUUUGGAUAAUACAGAGGGUCUUAAAUAGGUGACCCCACUUUAUUAUUAUUUGGAAAUUGAAGGCCACCCUCCUGACACAUUAAAUACUUUUAUUACACUUAAAGAACAUCUGUAGUGCUUAGAACUUAUCCCCUAUCCUUCGGAUAGGGGAUAAGUUAUAGAUCGCGGGGCUCGGACCCCCCCGCCAUCUCCUGUAUGGGGCUGCUGCAAUGUACAGGAAAGGGGGCGUUCCGCCCCUGCAUGACGCGGCAGCCGGCACGCCCCCUUCAUGAAUCCCAUGCUGGUCCUUCCAGCAGACUGUCAAUUCCCUGUACAGGAGAUCGUGGGGGCCCCAGCGCCUGGACCCCCGCAAUCUAUAACGUAUCCCCUAUCCUUUGGAUAGGGGAUAAGUUAUAAACACUACAGAUCUCCUUUAAAAUAAUAAUACUGCAGCCUCUUUUCACCAUUUUUCCUCCUGUAUAUGUAUAGCUAAAUUGGCAGAACCCAUACAGAAUCCCUAAGGGAGAGAUUUAUCAAAACAUGUCCAGAGGAAACGAUGUUGAGUUUCCCAUAGCAACCAAUCAGAUCCAUUCUUUCAUUUUUAAAAAGGCCUCUUAAAAAAUGAAAGAAGCAAUCUGAUUGGUUGCUAUGGGCUACUCAGCAACUUUUCCUCUGGACAGGUUUUGAUAAAUCUCCAAAAAAUAAAAUAAUUGGUGAUGCAGACCUCAAGAUAUAUAUAUGAUAAGAAGUAUCAGACUAGCUGAAUAUGUUUGCAUUGAUUAUAGAAAGUGUAUUUAUUAUUAAAAGUGUAUACAGUCCAAGCAGGGUCCUUGCUAUUGACUAGUAUGAUGGUACAGUAUAUCAAAUUAAAUUAUAUUUGUUAAAGUAAAAAUGAAAAUUUGAAAUUAUGAAUGAAAUAGUAAAAUUGGAAAGUUCAUGCCACAGCCACCUAAUAGCGCUAGUAAUGUUUUUGAAUGGUUAAACAUGGGCUACUCAGCAACUUUUCCUCUGGACAGGUUUUGAUAAAUCUCCCCCUAAAAGUCCAACUAGUGCGUAUUGGAUCUGAAGCUAUUGGAACAUUUCCCAUAAUCCAAUUUUUUGGAAUUGCCAACUAAGCAAUUUCCCUAAAGUUUCUGUAAGGAGCCUCCAGCAAAGGGUUAACUUUAGAUUAAUGUUGAGAGGUUAACUCAUUGUAAUUCAACUGAGUUACACUAAAUCCACCCAGUCCCACAUAUUACCUAUGUGACCUGUCACCCCGCAUCUUCUCUCUAAUGAUAUAUCUCUACAUUUAUAUGAUGAAAUAUUUUUUACCAAUGUAUGAACAAAUCUAAAUCACAAACCGCUACAGAACCACAAGCACAUAGAUCUAUGUAUUAUCAAGCACUAUCUGGGAUCUAUUCCAUCUUAGUGCUUAGAACUACUCCUAUGUAUAAGACUAGGAAAUGUAUCUAUGCAGAAUUUUAUAUCCCCAGUAUUUUUAGAUUGUGUUAUACUGUGUGUGUAUAUAGUAUCUACUGUAUAUUGUCUAUUGCAGAUGGUUAACCUACAAUGCAUUUGGAAAGUUUUUCACAUGUUGUUAUAUUGCAGCCUUGUGCUAAAAUAAAAAAGAUGGAUAUAGUAUGUAGUACAGUUAAUGGGACUACACUCCCCAGAUAAUAACCCCACAGACUGGAAACUUGAGAAAGUUAAUAAAGUAUAGGAGUGUCCCUAAAACAUAACAUUUAUUAUUUUCCUUUAAAAUCCACCAGUAGAAAAUAGUGAAACCCAGGAAAAGAUGUGUAGGGAAUAAUUAGUGUUGAGUCCAAUUCUAUCCCUUAUGGAUACACGGGAAAAAAUAUGGACUCAACCUAUAGUAGUAUUAGGGAUAAGUUAGACUCCUCCCUCAUGAUACGUCUACAUCACACUUAGUCUUAGAUACAACCAAAGGUAUUAACUUGUGGUAUAUCACUUGUUCCUUGUUCCCAUAAAAUAAAAAAGAUGUCAAGUUUUCCCCCUUCAUUCUGCAAUACCCCAUAAUGCCAGAGUAAAUAAGAAUUUCAGUGGUGUUUGCAAAUUUAUUAAAAAGGAAAAACUAAAAUUUCACAUGGAUAUAAGUAUUCAGACCCUUUGCUAUGACAUUUGAAAUUUAGCUCUUGGGGUCUCCUACUGUUAGGAUUCGGCAGGCUGGAUGUGGAUCCUCUGUGUCAGCGAGGGAUUGGCGUGGACCGUGUCGGUGGACCGGUUCUAGGGUUGCUACUGGUAUUCACCAGAGCCCGCCGCAAAGCGGGAUGGUCUUGCUGCGGCGGUAGCAACCAGGUCGUAUCCACCGGCAACGGCUCAACCUCGCUGACUGCUGAGAAGGCGUGGGACAGAAGGACUAGGCAGAGGCAAGGUCAGACGUAGCAGAAGGUCAGGGCAGGCGGCAAGGUUCGUAGUCAAUAGCAAUAGCAAGAGGUCAGGUACACUGGUAAGGCAAACACUGUAACGCUUUCUCUGGCACAAAGGCAACAAGAUCCGGCAAGGAAGUGAAGGGGAAGUGAGGCUAAAUAGACAGGGAGCAGGUGGAGGCUAAUUAAACAGAUUGGGCCAGGCACCAAUCAUUGGCGCACUGGCCCUUUAAAUCUUAGAGAGCUGGCGCGCGCACCCUAAGGAGCGGAGCCGCGAGCGCCAGGAAGAGACAGCCGGGGACCGGGACAGGUGAGAGACUUGGGAUGCGAUUUGCGAGCGGGCGCGUCCCGCUAUGCGAAUCGCAUCCCCGCCAUCAGUGUCAAUGCAGCGCUCCCGGUCAGCGGGUCUGACCGGGGCGCUGCAGAGAGAGGAACGCCGCGAGCGCUCCGGGGUGGAGCAGGGACCCAGAGCGCUCGGCGUAACACCUACUUCUUUAUUUACACCUUUAUUUGAGUCACCUUUAUAGUGAUACACAGCCCAGUCUACAUAAGGUCUCACAGCAAAAUGCAUAUCAGAGAAAAAACCAAGCCAUGAGAGGGAAACAACUGACUGUAGAGCUUAUAGCCAGGAUUGUGUGAAGGCACAGAUCUGGAAAAGAGAACUGUCAUUGCAGCAUUUUUAUUUUUUAUUUUUUUUGCACCCAAGGGCACAGUGGCCUCUAAAAUUCUUGAGAUGUUUGGAACAACAAGGACUCCAAACCACCCCACCAAACUAAGAAAUCAGAAUAAGAGGAAUUACCAAGAUGCCAGUGGUCACUCUGGCUGAUUGCAGCAUUUCACCAAUCUGGGC